AUUAAGCAUGGCUCAAAGAAGACCGGAGGACGGGCCGUUGGAGACGGCGACGGGAUUCGAUUGCGAGUACAACGCCCCCCAAUUCUUCGACUUUUGCGAACUGGGCGCCGUGGCCGAGGACGGGGGCGUGGAAGCCGGACAUCCCGCGGAUCGGGAGGAGGCGGAGAAGUAUUUUAAUUUUGACCAUGAAAAUAAUCAACCCGUCAUCCCCGCAAACUUUUCCGAUGACGCCGACGAAGAACCUCUCUCAGGGUCUGAUUCUCAGGCUAUGGAUUUGCCCACGCCUACCGACUCGAAACCAUCGGCUGAAACCGUGGAAAAUGUGAGUCCCACUGGUUUAGAGGCCGAGGAGCCUGCAGGUGGUGUUUCGGCCGUGACGCGCACCAAUCCAUUGGUGGAAGCCAUGCGGAAGUAUGAAUCGCCUCGUCGUAAGAGCAUUAAAGAGGCCGUGACCAAAACUUUGGAGGAAGCGGCCGUGUUUUCGCCCAAAAUGAAGGCUCCUCCUGCGAGACGAUCCGGCACACCAAACGUUGCUUUAACGUCUUUGGAUUCAGCCAAGUCCGCAGCCAUUAAGAAAGCGCCCUCACCCGCUUAUCAACGUUGGCGCAAGGUCGUCAAUGCCGUCACCCCGGAGGUCCUUCGGCACGCCCGUGAGCUAGGCAAACGCAACAAGCAGGCCAAGGCCAUGACAGGUCCGAACUCGGGCUCCAAUGCCAAUACCAAUGGACUGCCAUUAGCUGCGACGACCUCCACUUUGGCCAACAAGGCCAAGGUGAACGAAGCGUCGAAAUCACAAUCCUCAAAAUCUGCCACUACUUCCACCUCGUCUUCAUCUUCUUCCUAUUCUCUACGCGUCACCCGCCCUGAACCUUUUCGAUUCGCCACUGAUCAUCGGAACAAACAGCAGGUCCAACCUCAACAUUCCCAGUUGCCGACGGAGGCCAGCAAGAUGCGGGAACCCAUGCGAGCUAAAGUGGGCCAAGUGGACUUCUCCAAAAUGUUGAGAAGCUACGAUCAGCAUCACGAGGACUCCCGUGGUCGUUCCAAGGUUAAAGCUCAAGUGACCCGACCACAGCCGUUCACCUUUGGGGGGCGUUCUCGUCGUGCGAACUCUUGUGAGCCCACACCCACGAAGCGAAGGCGGGAAACGUCUCUCGAAGAUGACGCGGCUCAGCCGCAAGCUAAAAUGUCACACACCACAUUGGGGGGAGGCAGUUCGGAUUCGCUUCGAAACACCAAGCCGCACCCGUUUUCAUUUGUGGAUCGCGAUCUGGCGCGUGUGAAGGAUAAAUACGACCAGAUCAAACAGGAAUCCCAGAAAACCAACUACUUCACCAAGUCAUUGCGGUCCUAUCCCAGCAAUGAGGCAAUGACUGACGUGAGUGGUUUAACUAAACAGAAACCAUUCAGCUUUGAUUCGAGACCAGUCCGAAAACGGGCACAAUCUGCUGAGCCUGAUCCCAAUCGCCUCUCCCAAGGAGGAGAAGUGAUCACGGAUCGGGUGGUUCGGGCCAAGCCCAUGCCACAUUUUGGGGUUCCUGUGAGACUUCCAUGUGCGAAUAAGAAAGCCACGGCAGCCCAGCCGUUCUCAUUUGAAGAUCGAGACCAACAAACACUCACGAAGAAGCGUGAAAAGAUUGAUAAAAUUCUGGAGCAAGAGAAAAAAGAGCGCGAAUUUAAGGCCAAUCCAAUGCCGAAUCUGAACAAACCAGUUGGUCUCCCUAUCAAAGAGGUGAUACUACCGACGGAGGCCAAGCCUUUCCAUCACGAGAUAGAAAAACGUGUCGAGAAUAGAAUUCAGAAGUGGCAGAAGGGCGUAGAAGAGGAGCUUCGCAAACAGCAAGAAGCCGCCUUAUUCAAGGCUCGUCCCGCCAAGGUGUUGUAUCAAGAACCCUUCAGACCCGAGCACCAUGACAAGCCGAUGACGGAGAUAUCCAAUUUCGAACUUCAUUCAGACCGGCGAGCCCGCGAGAGGGAGGUCUUCGAACUGGAAAAGAAACGCAAGGAGGCCGAUCUGGAAUCCAUGAAGCGACAGCUGGAAGAACGACGUCGGUUAGAGCAUGAGGAAGAAGUGCGCCGCCUCCGCCAUGAAGCCGUCCACAAAGCUCAACCCGUUCGAAGCUACAAGGGCAUCAAAAUUCAGCCCUCUGACAAACCACUCACGAACCCGCGGAGUCCGAAUUUUUCCAACAAGACGCGAUCUGACUUGUAGAUAAAGUCCCUCAAAGACAUCACCAUUCAUUCUAAAAAGAAAUUUCAGAACCCGAUUGUGUCGUGUCUAGCACGUAAGAUGGUACUUCUCGCUCUUCUCUUUCGUUCUAUCCUCUUCCUUUUACGUCACUUCUCAUCCAACCUAACCGUCAUGUUUUUUUGUCUUGCGCGGCCGUUCUACCAUGUUUGGUUUAGGUAAUCAUAAAAAAAAAACUACUACUGCUACCGUAUCUACUACUAACAAUACUAUAUUUGUUUGUUUCACUGAGAUAUAAAAAAGCCAACAGCAACGACAGAACAAAA